UCUAGUAUUAAUGAACCAAAGGUUACAGUUGCAGAAGACCCUGCAAAGUCACUUACAGAGCUGUCUCCAGACUUUGGACAUUCAUCACCUCCACCACAACCUCCUUCCAUGAACUCCUUAUCCAGCAAGAACAGAUUGCACUCUCUACCGUUCAGCCUGACCAAGAUGCCCAAUACUAACGGCAGCAUUGCUCACAGCCCACUGUCAUUGUCAGUGCAGUGUGUGAUGGGCGAGCUGAACAGCUUGCCUGUCCAGAAGAGUCCACCUUUGCCCAUCUCUUCUGGUAAUGCAUACGGCCUAGAGGUGGGCUCACUGGCUGAAGUGAAAAAGAAUCCCCCGUUCUAUGGGGUUAUCCGUUGGAUUGGCCAGCCGCCUGGGCUCAGUGACGUGCUAGCUGGGCUGGAACUGGAGGAUGAAUGUGCGGGCUGUACAGAUGGCACGUUCAGGGGCACGCGCUAUUUCACCUGCGACGUGAAGAAGGCUCUGUUUGUGAAAUUGAAGAGCUGCAGACCGGACUCUAGGUUUGAGUUUCUGGAGCCUGUUUAUAAUCAGAUUGAAAGGUGUAAUUCUUUAGUAUUUGGAGGCUACUUAAGUGAAGUAGUAGAAGAAAAUACUCCACCAAAGACGGAAAAAGAAGGUUUAGAGAUAAUGAUUGGAAAGAAGAAAGGCAUCCAGGGCUAUUACAAUUCUUGUUACUUGGACUCAACUUUAUUCAGCUUAUUUGCUUUUAGUUCUGUCCUGGAUACUGUGUUGCUCAGACCCAAGGAAAAGAAUGAUGUGGAGUAUUAUAGUGAGACCCAGGAGCUACUGAGGACAGCAAUAGUCAAUCCUCUGAGAAUAUAUGGAUAUGUGUGUGCCACAAAAACUAUGAAACUGAGGAAAAUACUUGAAAAAGUUCCUGCUGCAUCAGGAUUUACAUCUGAAGAAAAAGAUCCUGAAGAAUUUCUAAAUAUCCUGUUUCAUGAUAUUUUAAGGGUUGAGCCAUUGUUAAAAAUAAGAUCAGCAGGUCAGAAAGUCCAAGACUGCGACUUCUAUCAGAUCUUUGUGGAAAAAAAUGAGAAAGUUGGAGUUCCUACAAUUCAACAGUUACUAGAAUGGUCUUUUAUCAACACCAACCUGAAAUUUGCAGAGGCACCAUCAUGCUUGAUUAUUCAGAUGCCUCGGUUUGGAAAAGACUUCAAAAUGUUCGAAAAAAUUUUCCCUUCUCUAGAAUUAAAUAUAACGGAUUUGCUUGAAGACACUCCCAGGGAGUGUCGCAUCUGUUUAGGACUUGCUAUGUUUGAGUGUAGAGAUUGCUAUGAAGACCCCGACAUCACAGCAGGGAAGAUCAAGCAGUUCUGUAAGACCUGCUGCACUCAGGUUCACCGCCAUCCUAAGAGAAUGAAUCAUACCUAUCACCCAGUAUCACUUCCCAAAGACUUGCCUGACUGGGACUGGAGACACGGCUGCAUCCCCUGCCAGAAGAUGGAGUUAUUUGCUGUUCUCUGCAUAGAAACGAGCCACUAUGUUGCUUUUGUGAAGUAUGGGAAGGAUGAUUCAGCCUGGCUCUUCUUUGACAGCAUGGCUGAUCGAGAUGGGGGUCAGAAUGGCUUCAACAUUCCACAAGUGACACCCUGCCCUGAAGUGGGAGAGUACUUGAAGAUGUCUCUGGAGGAGCUGCACUCCUUGGAUUCCAGAAGGAUUCGAGGCUGUGCACGCAGACUUCUUUGUGAUGCGUACAUGUGCAUGUACCAGAGUCCAACCAUGAGCUUGUACAAAUAACAUGUCAUCUGAAAGGGGCAGAGGCCAAGCACAAAGCUUAACACCAUGUGUCUUCCAGCUGGCACCCAUUAUGGGCAAUGGGUGUCUUUUUUGUUGAUGGCCCUUUAGCAAAGGAUUCCUGUGUUUUUAAACAAAUUAUUUUUGUGUUCUUGAAGUAUUUAAUAAGCAUUUUGCACUCUAGGAAGUAUGUUUUGUUGGUUUUUUAAAAGUUUUAAUGAA